UGUGUGUGUGUGUUCGUGACGGGUGGCCUCCCAAAGUUGCACUCCUCACUUUCUCUGAGCUUCCAGGCGCGUCAGGGUUUCGGGUUACCUGGCGGUGAACACCUGACUGCCACAGCGGCAGCCCGGCCGGCACGGUUCUUGUUCCGCGGGUCUACAAACGUCUCAGGGCCCCAACUGUUAUUGGGGAUGAUGUUUUCCUGUUUGCACUGUGACAGAUACCCUUUGCAUCUGAUGAAUCGAUGGUGCGUAAACCAGGAGACGUGUGCAGAGGAGUGCGUAUCUUAGCAACAAGAUGUUGGGUUCUGCUGGCGCGCAGGCGACCAGAGGCGGCCCCGUGUUUUUCUUUGACCAGCCAACAAGGCGAAAUCGGAUUAAAGGCAACAUUUUAAAUUACAUGAUAAGAAGUGCGGGACCACAGCUGGAAGACGCGCCACUGAGGAGUCUGCAAGAGGAGGACCAAAAAGGUGAAAGUAACAGUUUAAGCAAGCAGAACCCCUCAGGUAUAGCCUGUGAGGGUGAAGAACAUGAUCCUUCAUCAUCAUCUGUCAGCGCCGCGCCAAAGGAUCCGAUGGACGCCUACAGGCGAGCGGCCCCUCAUUUAUUAAACGACUUGGCUCGUCUGCUUUCGCAGCAUAAGUGGUCGGAGGACGACCGCAUCCCCCGCGGCAUUGUCAAUAUCCUGGAUUACUCCUGGCACGAUCUGACUGCAGGGGCGGCGCUCCGCUUGAGGAGGCCAGCGGCGAUGACAGGGAACCAGAGGAGGCCCAAAGAAUCCCUGGAGACGCAGAAAACACCCCGGCGGGUGUCUGACUGCGCCAGGGAGGAAACAGGAAAGAGGACCUCUUCCGCCGGGAGAAAUGCUGGUUCAUUUCUCACAAAAGAUCAAGCAAAUCAGAGUGAAAGAAAGAAAAAACGAAGCUCAAAAGGAGGUAAAUUUAGCAUAAGGUGAAUUGUACUUUGAACGUAUCAAAGUACAAUAAUAAAUAAUAAUCCAGUUGUCUCGAGGCAGAUAAAGUGACAUUUGAUGAUAGAGUAGUGAGAAUAUAUAAUAAACAAGACCAAAAAAAAUGUCUUUAGUUUUAAAAGGCGAACAAAUAAAUCUAAAAUAGUCGAAGUGGCAUGGAGGCGAUGCAAAGAACGGUCCAAAAAGGAACCGAAAGAUCAAGAAUGAGAAGCAAAACAGUGAAAGAAACACUGACAGUGGCCACAAUAAGUCUCAAAAAUACAUAUUUUACCACAGAAUGUUCAAACUGAGACAAAACAGGAGGAGAAAAAUAAAUCCAAUAAGUAUGGAUGGAGACGUGAAAAUGAGCAUAGAUGCAAGAUGACUAAAAUAUCUGUC